AUGGAUUGGGUUCCCCAUGGCGGAGCCGCUUCCCUAGACCUCUCCCUCACGCUUGCCCCCAUGAGCCCACCACCACCAUCCUCCACCUCCUUUUGGGCUCAAGGAAACGCCCCUGCCGGCCAUGGUGGCCAUGACGGCGAAGCGAGGUCGAGGCGGCUGUUCUCGUGCCUCUUCUGCGACAAGAAGUUCCUCAAGUCUCAGGCGUUGGGGGGACACCAGAAUGUGCACAAGAAGGAGCGGGCCGGCAGCUGGAACCCUCACCUCUACCUCCAACCCGACCACGGCGACUGGCCGGCCGCCGCGGCGGCAAAGGCGCCGGCGAGAUGGCCAAACGCGCACCCUGGCGACGACGGCCAGAGGCAGCAGCAGCUUGAUCUCAACCUCAAGCUUUAA